AAACCUCCUCUGGCUCAUUUUCACUCUUCUCCCCAGUCCUGCCUGUGACACCUCCGUGUCUCAUUGUUCCCCGGGUUUUGGAGGUGGGAACAUCCUGGCCUGUGAACUGUACCGUGGAUGGGCUGUUUCCCGCCUCAGAGGCCCAGGUCCAACUGGCACUGGGGGACCAUAUGCUGAAUCCUGAAGUCACAAGCCAAGGUGACACGCUCGAGGCCACAGCCACAGUCACAGCGAACAAAGAGCUGGAAGGCACCUGGAAGAUCGUCUGCAAUGUGACCCUGGGGGGCGAAAGCCAGGAGACUCAAAAGAAACUGACUGUCUACAGCUUCUGGGGGCCCGUCGUGAACCUGAGCAAGCCCACCGUCCUUGAGGGGACCACAGUGAAUGUGACUUGCACUGCUGGAGCCCGAGUCCAGGUCACGCUGGAUGGAGCUCCGGCUGUGGCUCCGGGGCACCUCGCCUUGCUUCAGCUAAACGCCAGCCGGAGGGACAACAAACGCAGCUUCGUUUGCAAUGCGACCCUUGAGGUGGAUGGGGUGGUCUUGCACAGGAGCAGGAGCGUCCAGCUGCGUGUUCUGUAUGGUCCUAAGAUUGACCCAGCCAAAUGUCCUCAGUACUUGACAUAGAAAGAAAGAACGAUCCAAGUCCUGCAGUGCCAGGCUUGGGGCAACCCGAAUCCCCAGGUACGGUGUUUGCGCGAAGGCAACAGGUUCCAGGUGCCUGUCGGGAUACCAUUCUUCGUUAAGUUAAACUACAGUGGUGCCUACUACUGCCGGGCGGCCAAAUCACAGGGCACGUACACUCUCACUGUAGUGAUGAACGUUCAGGUAUUUAACUCCUCGUUUCUCUGCACAGAUCAGAAGCCCCUCACCGACACCAUCAUCGUGGCGGUGUUCGCGAUCCUGGGCCUCGUGGUUGUCAUCGGGGCCUUAGUCUGGGUCUUCGGGGGGCAGAAACGUAGUGACAUCUACCAUGUGAAGCAGGGGAACACCUGGUUGCCGCUCACGUCUAAACAGCCUGAAGAGGUGCUGUCAUCCUGAGCCUCGGACCAUCGGGAU